AUGGCCUCGGCAGACAAACACAUCAAGGCAUGGACAUUUACACACGAAGGCUAUCCCAAAGCUCUACACAGGUCGACCUUGCCAACACCCUCGGGACCAGCGGCAACGGAACUUCAUGUCCGAGUCAAAGCAGCAGCACUUAAUCCUGUGGAUAUACAGUUGAUGAACCUUCCCAUAUGGAGAUAUCUGCCUGAUUCUCUUGUUACUUCCGACAAAGGUAUUGGUGAAGACUUUUCGGGUAUUGUCGAAGCCGCUGGCAAAGACAGUGGGUUUGAUGUGGGCGAUGNNGACUCAUCACAUAUUAUGAUACUCUUGCUAAACAAAGAAANNGCACGCACAACAAUCGCCAGUGUCGAAGCUCAUAUUCAGGGUAGUGGUCGGCUGGCUGUGUUGGGAGGAAGUUCCGCUGUGGGCAUGUACGUGGUUCAACUUGCCAAUCAGCGAGGGUGGGAAGUGCUCACUACUUGCUCCUCCCGCAAUACUGAACUCGUGAAGUCGAUGGGUGCAACAUCUGUUGCCGACUACAACACGAGUGACGUGGCACAAGCUGUGCGGGAAUUUGGCCCAGCUGCCAUUAUCGACUGCGUUGGCGGCAUAUCGUGCAUAGGUCUAGCAAAGAGAUACGUUACCAUCGUGGGCGACAAGACAGGACGUGACAGCAUGGGUGGAGCAGCGAUAUACCUCUGGAACCCCAGGAUGGUUAUCAGAACGUUACUUGGAAGGAUAGGCUUAGCGAAAAGCUACGAUUGUGUCAACCUGAAGUUUCGCAAAGAAUGGCUAGAGGAAACGCUGAGUCUCGACCGCAGCAAAAUUGUUCUUGACAGCACAUGGAAGUUUGAGCAGGCAGGAGAGGCUUUCGCAAAGUUGAACACUGGACGAGCAAGAGGGAAAGUAGUGGUCAGUAUGAGUGUAUAA